CUGCGGAGACUUCCUCUCUGACUCCAGGAGGCCGGAGCGCUGCGGAGGACAGACACUUGCUGGAAAACAUUUCAGAUAAAGGCUGAGAAGAUGAAUUGUCUGGAAAAUCUGGAAUUGAACUUUGCUGAAUAUAUCACAGAUGGAGGAAAGGCCACUCUGGGGGUUAGGCAAAGGGCGGGGAUGGAUCCUGCACUCCGGCUGAAACAGGAUGAGACCAUCUCAAAAGCAGUGUGUGCUCUGCUGAAUUCUGGUGGGGGAGUGGUCAAGGUUGAGAUUGAGAAUGAAGACUAUAAUUAUGAGUGUGAUGGAGUAGGCCUGGAUCUGCCACCAUUGUUCAGAAACCAUAUAGAUGAGAUGUUGCAGGGAAAGUUCUUUUUAAUAUUUGUGAAUUCGUGGGAGGUGGCACCCUCAGGUGUGCGGCUUGCCACCUUGUGUUCCAAUUUAUACCACAGACAUGGAACAUCUACUGAGGUCAUGGAUUCUCUAGAAGCCCUACUAUUCCUCAGAAGAAGGAUCCAGGCUCUUGAGAAUGUCGGUGAUCCCAACUCAUUAAAUCCACAGGAGGUCCCAGUUGACAAUCAGAUGAUCUUAGCUUCUGAUUUAUUUAAUAAACAGCAGCGGCUUCUGUACCUGGAAAAACUCAACUUUACAGAGUCCCCGCAUGUUGAAUUUCAAAUGUUCUCUGCAGACCUUUCCCAGGGCAUUAAAGAGAAACUCCCUAAGUGUGUUUCUGCACUUGCCAAUUCUGAAGGAGGAUACGUGAUUUUUGGUGUGCACGACGAGACCUGCCAAGUCAUUGGAUGUGAAAAGGAAAAAGUAAAUUAUUCCAGCUUGUUGACUGCUAUUGACCGCUGUAUCAGGAACAUGCCUGUUCAUCACUUCUGUUCACAAACCCAUAAAGUGCAAUAUGACCCCAAAGUCCUGGAAGUGUAUGAUAAGGGGGCCAUCCGUGGGUAUGUCUGUGUGAUCAAGGUGGAACGAUUCUGCUGUGCAGCAUUUGCCAAAGCACCUGAUUCCUGGGAGAUAAGGGACAGUCAUGUGAAGCAGCUAUCCAUGAAGGACUGGGCAGCUUGGAUGAUAGAGACGGACACAGAGCUUUCCAGCUUUCCUCAGAUGAUCAUUUCAAGGAGCAUUGCAGAUACUACACCCCGAUGCAGGACUGUGUGCACACAUAAGAUUUUGAAGUGUGUGGGAGAUUUGCAGAGGGAUUACUUCCCAGUGUCACCUGACAGGAUUACAUAUACUCCGGAAAGUGUCUACAGGGACCUCAUCUUGGAUCACAGAGGACUAAGAAACUUAAUAAGUAUGGAAAUGCGCUCUUUCUCUCAAGGGAUACUGAUUUUCUCCCACAGCUUGGCUGUGGACCUCGGUCUUGAAAGGAAGCGGGGUGUCAUCUGUGAUGCUCUGCUAAUUUCCCCAAACAAUGUUCCAAUCCUGUACACCAUUUGCAACAAGUGGGAUCUGGGGUACAGAGGGUAUUCUAUGAGGGUUGCCCGUACCCUGAAGCAGAAGCUGGUGAACAUGGGUGGAUACUCUGGGAAAUUAGGCAUCAUUCCCUUGGUCUUGCAGCUGGGUCCUUAUCAAACAGUAAGGGCCGGUUUGGAAAUGCCCAUCUACCCUGAAUCCUAUAACUUCACGACCAUGCAGCAGAUGGAAGUUCUGUUGCAAUCCCUUGUGAUCGUCUUGUUUGGGUUCAGAUCCUUCUUUAAUGAAGAGUUAGACUCUAAGGUGGUGACCCUACUCACAGACCAACAGUAUCAGUUGCUUUUAAAGGAUCUUUGCAAGAACAGAGAGUUGUUUGUUCAUGGCUUACCUGGAUCAGGGAAGACCACUCUGGCUCUCAGGAUCAUGGAGAAGAUUAGGAAUGUGUUCAACUGCCAAGCUGAUGACAUUCUCUAUAUCUGUGAGAACCAGGCUUUGAAGAGGUUUGCAAGCCAGAGAAACAUCUGCCAGGCAGUGACACGGAAAUCCUUCAUGAAAAAUACCUUUAAUAACAUUAAACACAUUGUUGUGGAUGAUGCUCAGAAUUUCCGAACUGAAGAUGGGGACUGGUAUGCCAAGGCAAACUCCAUCAUCCAGAGAGGCACAUAUGAACCAGGAGUUCUCUGUGUUUUUCUAGAUUACUUUCAGAUCAACCACUUGUGUUGCAGUGGCCUCCCUGACCUCCAGCACCAGAGGUUAAUAUUGAAGCUCACCAGGAUGCUCCGAAAUGGAUGCAGCAUAGCCAACCACCUACAAGAAAUAAUGCAGCAAAUCAGAAACAAUCCACCCCCAAAUGUCCCCUCAGAGGCCCUGACAAUGGUCCAAGAACUUGAAUGGGUUCCAGGUGUCACAGGCAAUUUAGAGAUAACUGAUGCCUUGAAUUUGAGUCAGAUGGCCAUUUUUGUAGCAGAGAAGUGCCAGUAUCUCUGGAGGUCUGGCUAUUAUCCCAGGGAUGUUGCUGUUCUUUUUAGCAAAGCCAGAGAUAUAGAAAUAUAUAAAGAAAAGAUUCUUCUAGCAUUGAGGAGGAGGACCAUGUCUCAGCUCACUGAGGAACCCAGUUCACUGGUGCAGGUCAGGGAAGAAUUGGAAUUUUCCAGUAAUCACAUCGAGUUGACUAGUGUCCAACAAUUUUCAGGAAUGGAAAGAAACAUAGUAUUUGGAAUAAUUCCAGUGGAAUGUGAGACAGCCAUUUUCUACAAUGUUAUGCUCUGUCUGGCUUCCAGGGCAAGAACCCAUCUUUAUAUUAUAAAGCUUUUGCUUUGAUAGGGAGAUACCAGUUUUCAAUUAGGAAGGGUUUAGAUGACUUUGAAACUCUUUGAUUUAAACACAAAACAUUUAAUGUACAGGUACCCACUAAGUUAUGUACUCUCCUCAAUGUCAGGGGCAAAUACAAGUGAGAAUUCAGAUAAUAGUAAGAGAUACUAGGGUAAUUAGCUGACAUCAAGAUAUCUCUCUCGCUCUCUCUCUCUCUGUUUCUCUCUCUCUCUCACUCAAAGUGGUGUGUGUGUGUGUGUGUGUGUGUGUGUGUGUGAGAGAGAGAGAGAGAGAGAGAGAGAGAGAGAGAGAGAUGGGAAGGCAUUGUGGUGCACACCUUUAAUCCCAGCAUUUGGGAGGCCGAGGCAGGUAGAUCUCUGUGAGUCUGAGGUCAGCCUGGUCUACAGAGUUCUAGGAUAGGUCACGAUUUUGCAGAGACCCUAUCUAGAAGGAGAAGGAGGAGAAGAAAGGAAGAAAGGAAGAAAGGAAGAAAGAAAGAAAGAAAGAAAGAAAGAAAGAAAGAAAGAAAGAGGAAACAAACAUUGACUAACUAAAAGUAUUGCAGGAAAAAGUGACAAAAAGCUGGGUAGUGGUGCACACCUUUAAUCCCAGCACUCAGGAGGCAGAGACAGGAGAAUCUCUGAGUUUGAGGCUGUCCUGGUCUACAGAGUGAGUUCCAGGACAGUCAGGGUUAUACAGGGAAAACUUGUCUGAAAAAACAAAACAACAAAAAGACAAAACAGUCAAGAAACAAUAUGCUGAGGAAAUGCUGGCAGUAAAUGUGUAAGUAGUUUUUUUUCUCCUCUAAAAGUCUUAUAUAUGGUGGUUUAAUCCGAGCACUCAGGAGAUAGACACAGGUAGAUCUUGGUGAGUUUGAGGACAGCUUGGUUAAUAUAGUGAGUUCCAGACCAGACAGGGAUACAUAGCGAGACCUUGUUUCAAAAAAAAAAAAAAAAAGUUUCUAUACAUAAAAGAAAAUUUCCAAUAUCAAAAGAAAGUUUGACAAAGAAUGUGAUGGGUGAAAGGGCACAGGAGUUUAAAUAGUUCCUACAUGUAGAGUCAUUACUUAUAGUAGCAGGAGUGUGACAUAACCAGCAUGUGUUAUGACAUGCUUUUUGGUGAGAAAUAAUACUUCUGUGUAUUGUACUUCCUUCCAGAAGGAUCUAGCAAUGGCCAUGAAAAUCAUGAAUGCUUAUAAAUCUUUAGCUUAGAUUCAUCUCCAAAAAACUUUACGUAGACAACUUGCACAUGGGUAAAAGGCUUCUGAAUGGAAGUAUAGAGUUUUCCUUCUAGUAGCAGCAUGCAGAAUAAUAGUAAAUAUCUAUUCAAAAGGAUUGAAGGGAGUAAUUUUCAGAAUAUCUCAACAUCCAUCAUACCACGAAGCCAUAAAAAGUGAGAUAUUUUCAUUGUAUUUAUGUGAGGUCAUCUCUAAGAUGUUUUGCAUUGCAAACAAAGUAUCAUCCAAAAUAUGUCUAUCUUAUGCUUUUAGAGUUGACAUAUAUGCAUUAAGAAGUUUUAGAAAUGUACCUUAAAAUUUUGUAGCAGUAUUUGACUCUGGGGAAGGGAAAUUGAUGCCAAAGAGAGUACUCAGCUUUUACUUUUUAUGACUCUAGAUUUUAUACCAUGUAAUACUUGAUGGGAUCUUUUUUUUUUUGCAUGUGUUUUUACUUAUGAAUGUAAUGGUUUUAUGAAUUAUUUUCUCAGUUUUUAUCAACAUGUAUCCUGGAUAAUCAUUUCAUAAUCAUAAUGAAUAUUGAUGUAUAGUGAAUGGGGGAUUUGAAAACCAUACAACAUAAUAGUUUUGUUUUGUUUGUUUGUUUUUUUUACCAUGUAGGGUUUAGAAGCGCUGACUCAUUGUCAUAUUUGCUCCAAGCUUUUUUUAAAAAUAAAAGUCACAAAAUACUACAA